CUUAGCGUUUCGGUGACGUCAUUGUGAGCGCCGGAAGUGCCUACCCAGGGAUUGCGGCGGCGGGCGGGUGACUACGUUUACGGGGUCUCCCGGAGGGCCCGAGUCGUGGCUUACAGAAGAGAUGAAAUGUGGUCUGAGGGACGAUAUGACUAUGAAAGACUUCCGAGAGAACGAGCAUCUCCUCGAAGUCAUCCCAGUGAUGGCUACAAUAGACUAGUUAAUAUUGUGCCAAAGAAACCACCACUGCUAGACAGACCUGGUGAAGGAAACUACAAUAGAUAUUACAGUCAUGUUGAUUACCGAGACUAUGACGAGGGCCGCAGUUUUUCUCAUGAUCGAAGAAGUGGUCCACCUCACAGAGGAGAUGAAUCUGGUUAUAGAUGGACAAGAGAUGAUCAUUCUGCAAGCAGGCAACCUGAAUACAGGGACAUGAGAGAUGGCUUUAGAAGAAAAAGUUUCUACUCCUCCCAUUAUGCAAGAGAGCGGUCUCCGCAUAAAAGAGACAAUGCUUUUUUCAGAGAAUCACCUGGUGGCCGAAAGGAUUCUCCACACAGCAGAUCUGGCUCCAGUGUCAGUAGCAGAAGCUACUCUCCAGAAAGGAGCAAAUCAUACUCUUUCCAUCAGUCUCAACAUAGGAAGUCCGUGCGUCCUGGUGCGUCCUACAAACGGCAGAAUGAAGGAAGUUCUGAAAGAGACAAAGAGAGGCCUGUCCAGUCUUUGAAAACAUCAAGAGAUACUUCACCCUCAAGUGCUUCAGCAGCUUCUACAUCAAAGGUGUUAGACAAACCCAGUAGGCUAACUGAAAAGGAACUUGCUGAGGCUGCAAGCAAGUGGGCCGCUGAAAAGCUAGAGAAAUCAGAUGAAAGUAACUUGCCUGAAAUUUCUGAGUAUGAGGCAGGAUCCACAGCACCAUUAUUUACUGACCAGCCAGAGGAACCUCAGUCAAACACAGCAGAUGGCAUAGAAUUAUUUGAAGAUAGUCAGCUAACCAGUCGCUCUAAAGCAAUAGCAUCAAAAACCAAAGAGAUUGAACAGGUUUACCGACAAGACUGUGAAACUUUCGGGAUGGUGGUGAAAAUGCUGAUCGAAAAAGAUCCUUCAUUAGAAAAGUCUAUACAGUUUGCAUUGAGGCAGAAUUUACAUGAAAUAGAGUCUGCAGGACAGACUCAGCAGCUGGCGCCCCAUGUGACGAACGCUGCAAUGGAUCAUGACGGAACCCUCAAAAAUGAAGGUGAAGAGACUACACAGUCAGCCCUCUUUGGAUUCCAGCACGAUGCAUCAAACAUUACCAUGGUGCAGCCAGAACCCAACCCAGUGCCAGAAGUGAAGGAAGUGACCCCAAAGAACCUACGGUCCCAGAGGUUGCGGCUUCGCCGAACAGCACAAGCCCCAACUAUCACCUGGGGGGUGCUGAAGAAGACAACUCAGGAGGCUGAACAAAUCCUGCUCCGGACACAGACACCAUGCACUCCAGAUAAUUUAUUCCUUGCUAUGCUUUCUGUUAUACAUUGCAACUCUUGUAAGGUAUUAACCUUUCUUAUUCUCUCACUUUGCCUUCAACGCGUACCUGCUACACUCUAUUGGGCUCAUCUCCUAGAUCCACCUUUCUUCCACUCUGUUACCUGGGCAGACACUCCCUUCCCAGCCUCUAGUAAUGUAACUGCUUGGCUAGGAGGGAUUGACUUACCCCUGGUAGGGCCCCUUAUUAAUGACACACAUUGGACUAAGGUGCCAGGUAACACUAUAUAUCACUCCACUAUCCUUCCAUUGUGUGUAAGUUAUAAAAGUUCUAAUCCUGACUGCAUACCUGCCCAGACAGAAUUAUUGCUACAUCAUGGCAAAGGAAAUGCCUUAACGUUCUUGGUUGUAGGUAGCCUCAAACUGGGCAACGCAACUAAUGCCACCUUCCCCAACAUUCCUCCCUAUCCCUAAAGAACAAACCCAGGAAAGUAAUGGAUUCCACUUUGGCUGAGGGGUCUGUCAUGGGGGACGAGCCUGUAGCCUCCAGUUAGGCAAUUAUGACAUCAUAUACUGGAGCCCUCAUGGCUAUUUGCGGGGCGACCAUACUGAUGUUCGCAUCCAUUGUGGCAUCAGUCGCAGUUUCAUAGCCAUGUCCUGCUCCACUAUGAUUUGCGUGGAUGAGGGGAUGGGAUAUCCCAGACCCCAAGUAGAAUCCAUGCUACCCCAAGACACUGCAUGGCACCUGGGACAUCUUAUCACCACCCUUAUCACCUGGCAUGGGAUAUAUCAUAAUUCCAGUAACAAUUAUACUAUGCCUUUUAUUCAUAAUCGCACAGAUCAGUGCCUGAUUUGCACUGCCCAUCCAUGUGUUUUCCUUAUGGGAACCAAUAUUUCCAUUACACCUCAAAACUCCAUGUUUGUGACCUGAGUGCAGGGACAAGGCAACCUGGUUCGCCUCAUGUAUCACUAAUUACCGUAUAUCUAGUUUAAGUAUUACUAGUGUCAUGGUAUUAUGGAGACAAUCUGAGACAUUCCUACCAGUCAGUUUGAGGUGAGAUUGGCAAGGUUUCUCUGCUCUUGCCUCCCUGGAACAUACUCUGUCCCAGGUCAGACACAAAAGAUUCAUAAGUACGCUAGCCUUCAUAGGCUCAGCCAUAGUCAUCGUAGCCACUACUAGUGUCACUGUUGGAUCUAUUACUGAAUCAGUACAAACAGCUACUGUUGUAGAUAACGUGGCCAGAAACAUGUCUAAUGAACUUCUCUUACAGCAGGGUGUAGAUCAAAAAAUUACUGCACAUCCGCAAGCCCUUGAUGGUGCCUUGGAAUAUGUAGGGGAAUGACAUGAUGCACUGGCACUCCGACAGCAAUUAAACUGUGACUGGGAGCAUAAGUAUAUCUGUGUCAGCUUUCUACCCUGGAAUCAAUCAAUCCAUAGUUAGGAUGAGAUGAAACACCACCUCUGGGGAAUCUUAUAUGAUAAUGUAACCACAGAUGUAAAGCAACUUACAACUAAAAUUCUAGAAUCCCUAAAUGCCGUAAAUCUACACGCUCAACAUACAGCCAUAUAGAAGGAUGUAGAAGAACAUCUCUCCUGGAUAGACCCCCCCCACUCCUGGGGGGGGGGUCGCUCCUUAAUUAGAAAAAUAUAUUACUGAUUAUACUCAUGUUUGUCUCAUGUUAUUUGCCAAUUCUAGGAUGCAAAGCCGAAAAAUGAGCAAUGACCACUACGCCUGACAAACCUGUUGCUGCACACAUCUGUACUCUCCAAGCAACAAAGCCUAAUGAAAAAAA